AUGGGCAAUAGGAAAAGUUCGACCGGCACAUCGGAUAUUACUACACAUACUAGCCGUCGAUCGCAACAUAACUCAAUUACUCCUAAUAGUAUAUCCGAACCAAAUCAACAACAAAAUAAAUGGGCAUUAGCCGAACGAGAUAUCAAUUUUCUAUGUUCACAAACUGGUCUAACAGCCGAGGAAAUUCUUCAAUGGCAUGAGAAAUUCUUUGAAGAUAAUCCAGAUGGUCGUCUUGAUCGGACAGAAUUUCGUAAAUUAUUUCGUCUAUUUCGUCAAGAACCUUCGGAACGUUUGGAAGAUAUAUCUGAUCAUAUAUUUCGUGCAUUUGAUGUUGAUGGAAAUGGUUCUGUUGAAUUUGGUGAAUUUUUACUUGGUUUUGCUAUAUGUUCUCGUGGUGACCUUCGAUCACGAUUAGAUUACGCAUUUGAAUGCUAUGAUUUAGAUUCAAAUGGUUAUAUUACUGAAGAUGAAAUUGGACCAGUUUUGCAAGGCAUGUAUACGUUAUUAGGUAUUAAACAUGUUGAAGAUUAUCCACCUGAUGUUGUUGCCAAGGAUUUAAUGAAAAAAUUAGAUUUAAGUAGAGAUGGACGUGUUACUAAAGAUGAAUUCAUACAUUUUCUUAUGAAAGAAGGAAUCUAUAGAAAUACAGUUAAUCCGUUUCAUUAA